AAUGGUUAAUUUCUGAAUAAUAAUUUCUGUUAUUAAGAAGAAGAAACUGUAUGAAAAACUAGAGAAACUGAAGCGGAGUCGGAAUAGAGAAACUACGAAGGUAAUCGAGAAAUGUCACGCGACAGAACAAGCCGCUCGCAAAGCUCUCAAUUCGAUGGUAGACGAGAAACGGAAAAGAGCUGCCGAGAUUAGCGAGGAAUCCCGCCAACUGAAGUUAAUAUUGAUUAAGCAGAAAGAAGAAGAUGCGCGAAGGAAAACUCAUCUGGUUCAAGAAAUUAAAACGCUUCAAACGUCACGAUUGAAACAAAUAAAAAGUUACGAUCCUACAAAAUCGAGCGGUCUAGGAUUCCUAUGUGAAAUGUCCUUGACUGAGCUAAAAGAACAAUUAUUGUCCACAAAGAUAAAGCAAAACGAAGAAAUUGCACGUCGAAAUAUGCUCGUUCGACAGGAAUGUGAGAGGAGGAAGAACUUGAUGAAAAAUUGUCAACAGGUUCUCGAACGGCACAAAGUUAUUAAUUAA